UAAUUCUUUCUAUAAAUGUGAAGCUUAUCUUUAAAAAAUAGCGAAAGUUCAAAUUGCUAGAAGGCAAGUGAUGUUAUAACGAUGAAACUGGAAGCAUGUCUCCUUCUGCUGACCAAUUGUGUGGUGUGGGGGCUGCGACGAGGGCCUCACCACCCCCACGGGCAGACCCCGGUGGAGCAGAAACACCACCACUACAAGCCUCGACACUCGGAGUCGCUCACUGGAGAUACUCAGCUACUACAUGAUAGGAAACACAUAGAAGAAGACUCGUCAGUACUGACAGCAGAGAUGCUGGCGAAGAUGUCUCCUGAGGAGCUGGAGUUCCACUACUUCUCCGCCCAUGACUUCGACAAGAACUCCAAGCUUGAUGGACUAGAACUGCUUAAGGCUGUAUAUCAUACAAUAGAACACGAAGAGGCUGAUCCCGAUGCGGAUACUUCGAUAGAGCCUGAAUCUAACGAUCUUGAUGCUUACAUCGCGAUAGUGGAUCGAACCUUGGAGUCAGACGACACUGAUGGAGAUGGCUUCGUGUCGUACGCGGAGUACCGGGCUGCUCGCGCCAACAACCCGUCUGAACGGACACCACACGUGCUUGCAGCAUAAAUACACCGAUAUACUGAACUCACUUAAGUCUUAAGAACGUGAACUCUAAACUUCUGAAAUCUUAUUGUCUGCAUUCAAAUGAGUACUAAGAUCUCAUCAAUGUAAACGAAGUAGCGUUCGUCUAGCAAACACUAAAUUAAGCUAUCGAUAGCUCGCUGAAAUGUGGCAGGCGCAUAUUUCCAACCCAAAAUGAAUACUGACAUAUAAGUUAACUUCAUACGAGUAUUCUAUACGAUUUUCGUACAAAUCUCGCCACCACUCUUACUGUCCUUGCGAAUGGUACUGCGUGUAAGUAUAUCGCAUCUAUACAUGACGUUCUUAAAAGAUAAAAUAUUAACUAUCAGGGCAAUAAUAAUAUUUCACAUGAAAUAAUUUCGUCACUCUGUAUAUGGUACAUCAAUGUAAAAGCUGACGACGACGUGUGUGACGGAUGCUUUUAAAUUAGCAAAAUAGGAUGUCAAGAAUGCUGUGAAGUGCAUGGCUGACGGCCUAAGUAACGUUAAUUGUAUGUGAUUUAUAGAUAUGUGGGGUACAAUUGAAGGCCUAAAUAUCUGUCUAUCGUUUAUUUACUAUAUUGCUGAUACAAUCAUGUGUUCAGCGUUAUUUUCAUAGCAGAUUCUUCUUAUGGUAAAAUACUCACUAUUCAACCUACCGCAACAACAUAUUCAGUUUGAUUCAACUUUUGUAAACGGGGUUAAACGGAGGUUUUCUUUGGUUUUUAUUUGGGCAUUGUACAGUUGUAAAACAAUAUCAUGUGACAACAACAACAUAGCAUCAUUGUAUCCCCGAAGGACCCCUUCAGGAACAGAGGUGUACAGUAAAGACACCCACUUCCCGCUAAACAUAUUA